UCCUCUCUGACGUCACAAAGUACCCUCUAUCAUUCUCCCUGUAUCCCUUGAUGUCUUUUCUUCCUGGAUUCUCAUCAGAUUUGUCACUCUCCUUUCCUGCGUCUUGUCCUGUAUCCCAGUGUCCUAGUGUCCGGCCAUAAUCAUCCAUUUAUUACUUUAGAACAUCAAAAAACAUGUCAGGGCGUGAGAUCUUCCUCGUUCUUUUUGGGAUGGAGUUUCUCUUGACCAUGACGGGAGGUUUUGCUUAUCCUGCCAAAGAGAUUGCCAAUCAAAAUAAUGAGAAUUUGCCUCUUCCAUUUCGUAUCUUCGGAUUCAAUCACCAAGAAAUAGCCGUUCCUCAACCAGGAGUUCAACCUGAAAAACCUACGAACUGUUAUCAUUUUUACGUAUCACAAAAUAUGUCUUCCCUUCUAUCCGAUGCCACAAAAAUGUUGCGGCAAGUGCAUGACAAACGGGAGAGGGAAUGGAUUCUCACCUUCAUAUAUCGCAUCAAAUCUCUGGCGGAACACCUCAGAUCUCACCCCGAUUCCCAAAAUUAUGAAGAAUGUCUAGGAGUAGAGAACGACGGCAGUAAAAGGUCUUUGUUCUUGACCGAAUCUUUAAGGAUUCCUCAACCAGAGCUGUACUUCGAGGAUGACUUCCAACCGAAUCAGAAUCAAAAACGUUCCACGGAUGAUUCUGAGCCAUCUAAAUCCGAACAAGCUUUAGGUGACCACAAAGACCAGGACAAUCAAGUAUCUCAGAAGGAGUCAACAGAAGUGAAAAACCAAUCGGCACCCAGCCCUUCAUCGCAACUGAUGGAUUCCGACAACUUCAACUCUGUUGCUGAAUCCACUUCUGAAGCUGUAACUCUUAAAAAGGACGUCGACGCACAAUUAACAUCAGAUUCGAUGCCAACAGCAGCCAUAUCCACCAACUCGGAGCUUACACCUGGUCAGAUAUCGGACAUAUCACCGACACCAGAAGAAACGAGCUGGAUGACCGGCAAGGAGGGUGCCAUUGCUACUGCUGUCAUCUCAACCGAGCCAAAUUGCAUUCCACGUCACAAUUGCAGUGAAGGUGGCAAAAAUGUCCAAAGCCAAGAGAGCGAGAGAACUGGGGAAGAAGAUGAACUGGAAAGAGAAUUACAUGCCAGGCGGCAACAGAAUAUUGAAGAAGAAAUGAAACAUCAGCAAAUGUUGAAGGAACGGAUUCGAAAAGCUUUAUUAGAAGAACUAGCACCGGAGAUUAAAAAGCUACGAACAGUUGGAGGAACGGCAGAUGAUUUAAUUGAUCUAUGGAAGCAAAGUGAAAUCGAUGUAGCCAAAGAUGAAGAAAAAAAGCGACGAGAAAAUGAUUUUGACUAUGAAGAGGAGGGUGCUGCUGCUGGUGAUUUAAACUCCGAUAAAAGCCAAAUCAACUAUCGUACCAUAGCACCAUCUAGUGACCAAGUUGAAAAUUACAGAAAACCUUCAGAUGAGUUACCUUAUGUUCAUGAUGACGUUCUUGUGCAGCAACUAUAUGAUGCUGGAAGAGAAGACGAACCAUUGUAUAGAUCCACCAGGGCCCUUGACCCACAAGACGAGUACUUAAUCAUUAGUACACACAUUCCUUAUUAAGUAAAAUAAUUGCGUCCAUUUUUUUCUGAAGCUGUUAUGAAACUCUUAAGUGUUUUCAUAGUGUUGUUCCUGAUGGACAAGCUAAUAAGAAGGCGGAGAAUCCCUCUUUUAAUUUUUGUUGAUUCUUGUUUAACAGUAAAUUUUUAAUAGUUAUUUCUUCCAAUUUCUGAGAUAGUUAAAUUGUUAUCUAGUUGACUUAACAACAGUUUGUUUUUAAAUUAUAUCUAAAGCACUUAAACAGGAAACACUAUGCUGAGCAAAUAAAAGCAGAAAAAUAACUCAGUUAAACUACAAAUAUUGAUUGAGCUUGGAAAGUAGCAAAACCUAUAAUAACUACUGCAAGCAGAGUUAGAUGAAAAUUUCAAGUAGAAUUCUAUACAUGCUUUUAUCUUGUUAGAAAAAUCGUUAUAAAUAACAUUUUAUUCUUUAUGUGUGUAAAAAUUGAAUCGUUUAAAAAUGUCUUGUUUGCAUUUUAUAUACAUUUAUUUAUUACUCGAAUUUUGUGUUUGAAAUUUUUUUUAUAUAGAAAUUAAUUAUUGAGCAUUUAUUGUUGUUGUAUAUAUAUUAAUUUGCGCAGUUUAAAGCUGAUCUUGAUACAGAUUUAUAGUUUGAAGACCAUAAUUAUUAUUUCGAAUUAAACUGAAUUUAAUUUUCAAAUUUGAAGCUAAUAAUUAUUCAGUAGAAUCUAGUUCUGUUUGUUUAUUAAUUUUAGAUUAUUCCAUUACAAAAUAUAUAACAUUAUGUAUCUCUAAUGCUCAUGGAAAUUCUGAAUGAAUGAAUAUACUCGCAAAAAAGAAAAUGCUUAUCCACAAGAUAAUGCUUAAAUUUAUACAAUAUUCUGCUGUUUUUUAGUUAUUUAAAUAUUCAUGCAUAUCUAGACAUAGAAUUAGAAGGUUGAUAAAAUUUAUUACUCAACUAAAAUUGUUCGUAUUUUGAUCUCCAAACUUCGUCGCGACUUUUAUUUGAUGUUUAAUUACUGAAACUAAAACUUAUUUCUCAGUAAUUAAAUCUAUUAUUACAAUUCAAGAUAUAAAAUUCACUUUUCCAUUUAAACAGUAAAGUCUUAAACAAGAUCAGUAACUGUAUUUGAUCAACAACCCAUAAUCACCUUUUCUUCUACCCUUAACUCCUUCAUAUAGUAGAACUGUUUUCAUGAUAGAUGUUAACAUUGUACCAUUUUCUCUGAUAGAUGGAACAACUUCAUAAUAUGGAAUUCUUAAAGGGUCAACUUCAUAAAAGGUAGAUAAACCUACAUAGCCACCAACUAAUUGGGGUUCUACCCUUUAACGUGUUAUAACGUGCAACCCUUUAACGUGUUAUCCAAUAUGGGUUUAGAUUCCUUUUCUAGUUUUAUUUUUAAAUAUGUAAUGAUGCACACAAUCAAAAACUUGAAUUCAAAGCAUCUUAUCUUAAAGAUAGAUCUUAAUAUUUUUGUUUCGAAAAAUCUCUACGUAAAUGCUGCUAAAUUUCAACUUAUAGUUAAAAACAUUAUUUCUAUCACUCACUAUUGUAAAUUUUCACAAUUGUUAAAGUAUUUUGCUUAAAAUUUAUUAAAUUAUCGCAGUUAAGCUCAGAGCCAUAAGCAUUGGAAGAAAAUUUAUGAUGAAUAUGAAGUCAAAUUUUCACAUCUAUUUAUUUUUAGCAGAAAUAAUUAUCUAAUUGACUCCCUUGAACUUAUAGAAGUCGAACCUCUUAACAUUUUUUACUAGUAUGAAAUAUUUGUUAAUAGACAACUUGUUUUUAAUUGGACUAUUAACUAUUAUAUAUUUAAUCUAUGAACGAAAAUGUAAUAAAUAUAUGUUAAAUAAAAAAGUAUAAGGAUUUAACAAACUUCAUAACAUUUUUUGGAUUUAUUAAGAGGCAUAAAUGAAAAGAUGCAAAUUGAUUGAGAUUUAAUUUGCAAAAGUUAAAAUAAAGCGCGAUUGCCGUUCAAUUGAAAACACUACGUUAGUGCUUCACUAUUGAUUCCGAGAAAAGUGGUUCGGCUUCGAUUUUCUUUUUAUAGAUAAUGCUUUGAACGCUAAAAUAGAAUGUCAAAAAAAACCGCUAAAGCAAAAUUUAUUUUUGAAAACAUUUUCUUGUAAUAUAUAGCUUACCAUACAAAGAUGCCAAAGAUAUAAGAAUCUCAAUUUUGAAUUUUUUGUCGCUUACGUUGAUUUUUGAAUUGCACGGCAGUAUACUGGAAUUGUUAUAAUUCUGAAGUUUUUGUUGUAAUCAGAAUUUUUUUGAUCUAUACGAAUUUUGUUUUCGUUUAAACAUUAAGAACCAGAAUCAAAUUAUGUAACGUAUUGAUCUUACUUUAUUUGGAAUUGAAGAAUUCAAAAUUCUUUUUAUCAAUCUAAUGUCUUUCGAAUAUUGCUGACAAUUUCAUUUUUUUUUAAAAAUUACUUUUUGCGCAGUUUCAAAUUUUGAAGAUUUCUACAUGCUCUUCAUCAGAAAUUAAGUUGAGUUUCUUUUUCCGAGGUUGAUAAUAUUUAUUUAAGAUAUUAUUUAGUUAGGCUUGGUACUGAUUCGAGCAAAUAUUUUUUAAACCACAUUUGGACACCUUUUACUUUAUUUAUUAAACCAUCAUCAUUUUUGUUUAAAACUAUUACAGUUAACAGACAAUUAGUUAAAACACGAAGCUGAAGCUGUGCAACAGAGUUUUUUUUUCGGUUCGGUUUUCAUUUUAUUUUUAAUCCAUAAGCAAAGUAAAUAUAUGCAUGUGUGAAAAUUAGUUAUAAUUAAGGAGCAAUAUAUUAAUAAAUAAAUUUAUGAAAAUUAGUUAUAUUUUUAAGCAGCUAUAUUUGUGUGCGUAAAUGUGUCUCGUCUCGAAAUUAUUUAUAUUAUCUCCUAACUCAGAUAUAUAGGAACAAAUAAUUGAGAUCUAUUCCGUACUUAAAGUAUUAAAUAUUUCAAAAGAAAAUAGGAUAUACUGCAUCGGAAAUUCCUAGAGUUGUUAAAUGUGAACAAGUGUGAUAUCGUUGUAUGUAAUCAUGAAUUUUACUUCAUUUUAAAUGUACAAGACAUAUAAUUUAUGUUAAAUGUUAUGUAAAUUCAGAUGACUUACAGUGAUGACAUAUUUAUGUAUUGUACAUGUGCUGAUAUUUGUAAGUAUAUACAUUAAAAAUGUAUAAAAACAAA